CAUGCGUCUGGUCUCGCCAAAAUGCCUGUAAGAAGAGGUCAUGUUGCGCUCCAGAACACCUACUUGGAUACAAUCAUCAAAAAAUUCGACGAGAGAAAUCGCAAGUUUCUGAUUGCCAAUGCACAGAUGAAGAACUGUGGAAUCAUCUACUGCAAUGAAGGCUUCUGCCAAAUGUUCGGUUUCACCCGGGCUGAGAUCAUGCAGCAGCCAUGCACCUGCCAAUUCUUGGUAGGUCCUGGCACCAUGAAGAGUGCCCUGGCCCAAUUAGCACAAGCCCUGCUUGGGUCAGAGGAGCGUAAAGUGGAAAUCCUCUACUAUUCAAAGGAAGGAAUUUGUCGACCCUGCCGGGUGGAUAUUGUACCUGUCAAAAACGAGGAAGGCAAUGUCAUAAUGUUCAUCCUCGACUACCAGGAGCUCAUCGAUCCCUCUCUCAAGAAGUCAGGCUUAAGGCAGAAGAUGGCUCAAGGAUGGCUUUACUGUCAGAACCGCCGGCUAAAGAUGAGGUUACCAGAACUUCGCUCCAUGCGAAGAACUUCACUGGCCAAAGACCAGUGUGAAGGGGUUGUGGUGGAUUACCUGCAGCCAAGUAGUGAGGAAGUCCCAUUGAGGGAAUUUCGGAUCCCUUCUAAGGAAAGCUGCAUGCAAUCUGAGACUGAGGCUUUAAUUGAACAGGACUUAGAUCCCCCCUCCCCUGCUGCCCAGUCCUUCACUAAACGGCGCUCCUUGCUACCAGAACGGCUGGACCCCAGCAUCUCCUUCACAAGGGGGGCCUUACCUCGAAGCAGCUCAAAUGAGAGCGUCCGUAGCCUGAGGCGGGCCUCAUCGCUGGAUGACAUUGACGGCAUGAGAGCAGAAUGGAACAGUCGACCUGGGGAUACCCGAACUCACAGCAAUCUUAAGCCCAGUGCUUUGAACUCCACCUCAGACUCAGAUCUCAUAAGACAUAGAACCAUCGGGCGAAUCCCACAGGUCGCCCUCACAUUUGGCUCAGACCGACUGAGACCUCCCUCGCCUACAGAGAUUGAAAUCAUUGCACCCAGCAAGGUUAAAGACCGAACCCAGAAUGUCACUGAAAAGGUCACUCAGGUCACACAGGUAUUGUCUCUUGGCGCUGACGUGCUGCCUGAAUACAAGCUCCAGGCCCCACGCAUCCACAAGUGGACGAUCCUUCACUACAGCCCCUUUAAAGCCGUUUGGGAUUGGGUCAUCCUUCUGCUGGUCAUCUACACAGCCAUCUUCACCCCCUACUCUGCAGCCUUCCUUCUCAAUGAGGCAGAAGAAGAUGAAGGCUCUUGUGGCUACACCUGUAACCCACUUAAUGUGGUGGACCUCGUGGUGGACGUCAUGUUCAUCGUGGACAUCCUCAUCAACUUUAGGACCACCUACGUCAAUAGCAACGACGAGGUGGUCAGCCAUCCGGGUCGCAUUGCACAGCACUACUUCAAGGGCUGGUUCCUCAUUGAUAUUGUUGCAGCCAUUCCUUUUGAUCUGCUCAUAUCCCGCUCUGGGUCACAGGAGACUGAGCCACAGACUCAAACUACUCUGAUUGGUCUACUGAAGACAGCCAGACUGCUGAGGUUAGUGCGGGUGGCCAGGAAGUUAGAUCGUUACUCUGAAUAUGGAGCGGCCGUCCUCUUUCUCCUCAUGUGCACAUUUGCCCUCAUCGCCCACUGGCUGGCCUGCAUCUGGUAUGCCAUCGGCAACGUGGAGCGCACCGGCUCUGAACGCAUCGGCGGCAUGAAGAUUGGUUGGCUUGAUAACCUGGCUGACCAAAUAGGGAAACACUACAACAGCAGCGACAGAACCUCAGGCCCUUCUAUUAAAGACAAGUAUGUUACGGCUUUAUAUUUCACCUUCAGCAGCUUGACCAGUGUGGGCUUUGGGAACGUCUCACCCAAUACCAACCCAGAGAAAAUCUUCUCCAUCUGUGUCAUGCUUAUCGGCUCUCUAAUGUAUGCCAGCAUAUUUGGGAACGUCUCUGCUAUCAUUCAGAGACUGUACUCUGGCACAGCUCGAUACCACACUCAGAUGCUGCGGGUCAAAGAGUUCAUUCGCUUCCAUCAGAUCCCAGGAGGCCUGAGACAAAGGCUGGAGGAGUACUUUCAGCAUGCCUGGUCCUACACCAAUGGCAUUGACAUGAAUGCUGUGUUAAAGGGCUUCCCUGAAUGUCUGCAAGCUGAUAUCUGUCUACAUCUGCAUCGCAGCUUGCUGCAAAACUGCAAAGCCUUCCGAGGUGCCAACAAGGGCUGCUUGCGAGCUCUCGCCAUGAGAUUCAAGACCACCCAUGCUCCACCGGGUGACACUCUUGUUCACAAUGGGGACAUCCUUACUGCCCUCUACUUCCUGUCCAGGGGUUCAAUAGAGAUUUUGAGGGACGAUGUAGUGGUGGCCAUACUGGGAAAGAAUGAUAUCUUUGGUGAACCCAACCACAUAUAUGGGAGGCCAGGGAAAUCCAGCGCUGACGUUAGGGCUUUGACCUACUGUGACCUUCACAAGAUCCUGAGGGACGACCUGCUGGAGGUGCUAGAGAUGUAUCCUGACUUUGCUGACACCUUCUGGAAUAACUUGGAGAUUACCUUUAACCUCAGAGAUGUAGAUAGAAUAAACCAGACAACCCCGACCAGGAACUCUGAGUGUGGCUGCCGAAUGACAAGACAUCGGAGAAGUUCCCUAAGGCGGCGGAACCGGCCAGACGGGAUGGAUCAUGAAGACUCUUUCCCAGAUCAAUCAUGUCUAACUAUAAACCACCGGCGCGGAAUGGUAGCCGGGAAUCAUUGGGAGGAUCUUUGCAGCAGUGCUAGUGUUUGUUCUCAGUCUAGCGAUGAGGAAAUAAAGCAGGCGCAACACAAGGAGGAGCUGUUUGUCCAAGGACCUGACACCAGAGACUACCAACCUUCAAGAGUCAAUAUUCGGCCCCACUGUGGACCUUCUGCUCUAGUGGGACAGGCUGUGGAUGUUAGUGCAUCUCCAUACUCAGCAGCGCCCCCUAUCAGCAUGUCAGGCUUGUAUGGCUACUGGUCAGACCGCAGAUCCAGCCAGCUGUCAGAAAACCAAAGAAGGCCUUCCGCAGUGAGAGCUGCUUUCCAGCCCUCUCUUUGUACUGAAGCUCGUCCUCGAGAGCUUGAAUCCAGACUGGAGCUCCUACAGUCUCAGCUAAAUAGGCUGGAGACCCGCAUGACUGCAGAUAUCAAUGUGAUACUGCAGCUUCUGCAGAGGCAGAUGACCCCAGUACCUCCUGCCUACAGCGCUGUGUCACCUGGCACUCACCUGCCUCACCCCACCACCCUGUUUUCCUCAGGAGCCCCCACAAUUCACACCGUCCCCCCGGUCCAGACAGUGCAGAUAGACUGCACUUCCUCCCUGCUACAGAGUUCUGAUUCAGACUUUAACCACAAAUCUAAAGACUCCCUCUCCAGCGGUGUCCAUCUCACAAUUGCAUCAGAUGACACCAUGUCCCCAGAGGCUGACCCACCUCAUCUGCAGUCUGCAGACCCCUCCUCUGCUCAGUUCCUAUCUCCUGAUGCCCAUGAAGCUCCCGGACUCCUCAGUGGAAGCCAGCGUUUCCCCUCCCUUCCUGAGAACCUCCAGACCUCCACAGAGAUGCAGGAAAUCCAAAGACACGUCUCUGACCCUGUCCUGCCAGGCACAUAGGACAACUCGGUGCAGGCAUAAAGCCAUUUAUCCAGAUGGACCCCCUAAUACACUAAUUAACCUCUUCCUCUCCUUGAAUGAUGCUGCUGUGAAGCAGUGAAGCAAGGGAUGUCAGGGUUCCUGCAUCAGAGAGAGUUCAGAGUGCCUCCUGCAUUGUAAAGCCUCAGAGAGUACCUCUAGGAACAUGUGCAAUAAAGAGGGACUGUUCCUGUCUACCAGUCUCAAAUCUAGACAGUAUUCACACUGAUCUACACUGGAUCUGAAAAACAAUCUGCAUCCCAGACUCAGGUUUCCAUUAAGGAGGGAGAAACUAAAAGCCCUAACAUGUUUGAGAUAUAUCUUAAUUCACUUUGUAUAAGAAUUGCACAUUUAGGCUCAAUCGAUAAAAAAAACUGUAUUUUUGUACUUAGAUGCUGGUUGCAGAGAGACGUAACUAUAAUGACUGUUAGUCAGUGUUACUGUUGAAGAUGUUAAAUAAAAUAACUGUCUGGCACAUUGUGAAUGAAGAUUUUAAUUUUCAUCCCACAUUUGUUGCUGUGAUAUAAAUCAGAAGUCAUUUAUCAGGAAGGCCUGGUAUGAAUAUAGAAAAAAGUUCCUCUGUACAUUUACAGGUCCUUUCUGCCGUGUGUGUCUUUUUAGUGACAUCAUGCAGCCAACUGAUGCCCAUAGGAU